AUGCAGAUAGGACGUGGAACGUAUAGCAAUGUGUACAAAGCAAGAGAGAAGGGCACUGGAAAGAUUGUUGCUUUGAAGAAGGUACGGUUUGACACAUCGGAUUCUGAAAGCAUAAAGUUUAUGGCAAGAGAGAUCAUGAUGCUGCAGAAGCUUGAUCAUCCCAAUGUCAUCAAGCUUAAAGGACUAGCUACUUCCAGAAUGCAGUAUAGUCUUUAUCUGGUUUUUGACUUCAUGCAGUCUGAUCUCACUCGAAUUAUCUCCCGACCCGGGGAGACACUCACCGAACCGCAGAUCAAGUGCUAUAUGCAGCAGCUACUUUGUGGUCUCCAGCACUGUCACGAGAGGGGAAUUAUGCACCGAGAUAUUAAGGCUUCUAACUUAUUAAUAGACAGAAAAGGGGUUCUGAAAAUUGCGGAUUUUGGGCUUGCAACUUCCAUUGAAUCUGGAAAACCUCUAACAAAUAGAGUGGUAACACUUUGGUAUAGAGCUCCAGAACUUCUUUUGGGUUCAACCGAUUAUGGAUAUAGCAUUGAUCUCUGGAGUGCAGGGUGCCUCUUGGCUGAGAUGUUUGUUGGAAGACCAAUUAUGCCUGGCAGGACAGAGGUUGAACAGAUUCAGAUGAUCUUCAAACUUUGUGGUUCUCCUUCAGAGGAUUAUUUCAAAAAACUGAAGCUAACAACAAGCUUCCGGCCUCCACAGCAUUACAAACCUACCUACCAAGAGAACUUCAACAAGUUUCCUUCCUCUUCCCACUCCCUCUUGGCCAGACUUCUUGAUCUCAACCCCACAAAUCGUUCAACUGCUGCCUCUGCCCUUCAAACUGAAUUCUUCCGAUGUAGUCCAUUAGCAUGUGACCCUUCAGCUUUACCAGUAAUCAUCAAAGACGAGGAUGAACGCUUACAAACUAAGAGAAGCAAAAGGCACAGAGUUUCUAAAAGAGGCCAACCAUCUCAAACAAGUAAAAGUGAAGCUAAAUCAAGAAAAACCCAAAGUCCAGAACAACCUCGUCAAGACACACAAUCAACAAAACAGAAGAAUGUGGAACAGCAGAAGCAGAGUCAAGAAACUGGGCAUAGUGCUAGCAGCACAUCAUCCGGGUCAAGACUAUUCACGAAUGAAGGGAGCACAAAUACAUCUUUAUCACCAACUUUUCUCUCUAGUGGCAGUGUGAGAAAAUCUCCCAAAACAGAGGGUAGCCCAAAUGCUCUUAAGAACAUAAAUCACUAUAAUGCACUCUUACAGGCUUCUAUGAUUGAUAUCAUCAACCGAAAUGAAGGCACCGAAGUUCCUCAGCUUCCAAAAUCCUUCUCUCACUUGGAUUAUCGACUUGGUCCAGACAAUAUCAAACCUCUAUACUUCAUCUAA